AUGAGUACCGAUUCUGAUGAAUCUGAAUUUUUGAUAUAAUACUUCUCCAAUCUAAUCCUUGCUCCAGAAAACCAAAAACCUCAACCCAUAAACAAUGAAUAUUCUUCCUAGAUUUUAUAUGUUUUUGUUCAUACAAAUUAAAGAUUCGAUUACAAAUCAUGGGGUUAAGAGUAUUUUGGGAAAGCAGUAAAAAUUAGUAUGUUUCGAAGAACUUAAAAAUAUACGAUAUUGAAAUUGUUGAGUGACUAAGGUAACAGACAUUUAAAAAAUCUAGUUUUGUUUUAAAACUUCAGACAUCAAGAGAUGAAUUGCUGUAUCAAACCAACAUUUCAUAUUAGUGCUACACUUUCAGUUCAAGUACCAUAUGAUAGUGUCAACGACUACGUGGUGUAAGGGAAUAAGACCAUCUAUUUAUUGGGUAAGGAAUGUAAAUUGAAGGAGAAUGAUAAAAUAGAAUUUAAGUCAUAUAAGGUGGAUCUUUUGAUUAACAAUACAGGUUUAAUUAUAGUAAUAGUAUUUAGAAUAGAUAAUGAAGGUGAUUUGCAGCAUUUUGAAUAGUCAUAGACUAGGAAAGAUUUUGAUAGGAAUUUCAUUUGACAAAGAUCUUAAUAACUAUGUGGUUAGUGGGUGUUUUUGUUAGGACAAGAAGGCCUAUUAAGUGAUGAAUGCUAUAAUGAAUAAAUGCAAGGAGUUUGGUUGCGACUAAUGGGUGAAUGUUAAACUGCAUGAGUGUGGAGUGUUACUUUAGGAUGUAUGUUACGUUGUGAACAAUCUAAAAAUGUAUUAUCAUACUUAAUUAGAUUUGAGAUUACGAUUAAUGAGGGUCAAAAUCAAUUAAUCACCAAUACUCCUGGUAAAUAUUAUAUUCGAGAGAAUGGACAAUCAGUACCUAUAAAAAUGAAGCAACUCUUUAAUUAUUGCAAAGAAAAAAUGAUAACAGAGGAGCAAUUUGAGAAAUGCCUCAAUUUUUAUGAUGAGUUGAUGAAGAAAAACAAGUUAAUUUGAG